AUGGGAGUGGAGGCGAAGAGCUUCGCCGCCCUCGCCGCGGCGGCGGCGGCCGCCGUCCUCGCAGGCCUGCUCUACAGACGCAGGUGCGACCGCUUGAGCGCGCGGGUGCGGGAGCUAGAGGACUCCCUGGCCGACGCCGUGGAGAAGGCCGCCGCAGAGCGCCGCGGCAGGGUUCGGGCUCAGCAGUCACUGCGGAGGGCCCUGAGCGAGCAGGGGACGAGCCCGGAUAAGGGGAAGCCGGCCAAGGCCCCGGCGUCGUACCCGACGGCGCCGAUCGGCACCGUGCAGUCCUGCUUCUCUACUAGGAAUGGUACGCCGAGACAGCCUUUGGUGGUGCCUCUGGCCAGAGCGACAGUGGUGCUUAAUCCUGCCCGUGUUGCGGCCGAAGCGCUAGAGGGACUUGCUAGUUACUCGCAUUGUUGGAUCCUCUAUGUUUUCCAUCUGAACACUGAUCUUGAUAAAAUGUGGAAAGACCCUGCUAGAUCCAAGCUAAAAGCAAAGGUGAGAGUGCCUAGAUUGAAAGGGGGCAAGAUGGGGGUUUUGGUGAAUGGCACACUGAGACAGCCUUUGGUGGUACCUCUGGCCAGAGCGACAGUACUUCUUCACCCUGCCUGUGUCCAAACUGAAGCGCUAGAGGGACUCACUAAUUACUCGCAUUGUUGGAUCCUCUACGUGUUGCAUCUGAACACUGAUCUUAUAAAAUGUGGCAAAGCCCUGCUAGGUCCAAGGGCGAGAGUACCUGGACUGAUGGCAUGAUGGGGUUCUCGGUAACUAGGUCUCCACGUUGGCCUAAUCCAGUUAGGAGAUGAAGGACCCCUGCGCAAGGACAAACCUGGGCAUCAUCAUUCUCGGUGUUGUUCCUAAAUGGAUUAUAAAUGCUAUCAAAAGGGAAGAAGUUGAAGCAACUCCAGUAAGGAUGAAUAAUCCCCUGAAAUUUGCAAAGCAUUGUUGCUUCAGGAUUAUAUAAUUGUCUUCCCAUUCAGGCCUCUCAGCCUGAUGCUAAAUACUGUAUUUUAUGCAAAAUGGAUAGAUCAUGGAAUUUCAUAACCCCGGGGUACCUCUAUGGACUCUCCUGGCCAGAUCACAGGAUGAAGAUCCCACGCUGAACCCGGAAAUGUUGUUGCAGGAUUGCUUGUAAUAGUUCUGGACCAUUACUAGACGUUUCCAAGGUUUCCAAGCUUGUUGAGUUUCUUGUGACACCUGGUUUUCUAAAUGUGGCAUUUAUCCUGCUUUGUAUUACGGAAUAGUACUGCAAGUGCAAGCAAUAAUGCAACUUAAGCAUGGAUAGAUGUUCUUGCUUUUUUUUUGUCCAAGCCAUUAUAUCAUUUAUAUGAGCUGCUAUGUACUGUUUCUCUAGUUUGCAGGUAUUCACGCUUUCCCUAGUUUCUACAUUUAUGCUACUUGUUCACUUUCUUUUCUUGGUAGACACUACUAUUGCUAGUAUCAGCUGUAUUAUUAGAAUUCUUCAAGUCUAUAUGUCAGAAAUCUCAUUUUUACAAUGUGCUAUCUGUUUUCACUGUAGUUCAAUAAUCAUUUCCAUUUUUGGAAACCUAUAGGAAUUGAGCUAGAGUUUUACACCUUACUGUUGCAAGUUGGAGCAUGCAACAAUGUGCCCAUUAAUUACUUCAGCAGCAAAAUUGGCACUUGUGGCUGAUGGAAUUCCCCUUGGUGAAGAGAGCGCAAUAAUUUCUCCUCUGUUAUCUUAGGAAUAAUAUUGUGUGAAAAAUGGUAAUUGCUGUUACACAGUAAUAUUAUGUGAUGCUCAGUUUCGUAAAUGCAUUUGUCACGAAAUGAGUCAUCUUCGCCUCUCUGCGCACUAACAAGUUGACACUAGAGACCUAAAUUCUGAAUACCAGUUUUAGCAACCUUUACCGAGUUGGUAAAAUUGACAAUUUCUUUGAUUUUCAGUGUGUGUCAUGGUAAGUUUCACGUCGUAGUAAUACAAACAUUGUUCUUGUGUUAGAGCUCUUCUUCAAGUCGGUUCACCAUCACCACUUAAUUUUACAUUGGCCAACCCAGGUAUCCAACUGAGCUAGGCUUAGUUCCUAAGAUGCAUAGUUGAGGAACAGAGUGCUCAACUAGUCUAUUUCAGCUGUACAGCAGAAUAAGCCAAUACAGUGAACAGACGAAAAGAGUUCAGGACAUUUACCUUGAGAUGCAGCUCGGACAUCAUCUCUCAUGGAAUCUCUGGUGUGUAGGACUAGCUUGGUGCUAUAGUUCUGAUGAACAGCAUAGAAGUCCUCCAUAGCUAGUGAAAUGCUGGUCCGUGCCAUUUUGCCAACAAUGGACCCCAAGUCAAGGAUAACCCCAACAUGGAGUUCCUUUGCGUCUUCUCUAGAAGUAUUUUGGGCGACAGCAAGGUUGAUUGGCAGCAAGAGGAACAUGAUGACUCUACUUGUGAUCUCCAUCCGCUGAGCCAGAGGUUUGCAGACUUGCAUUUGUUGCGUGCAGUUAAAUAGACUCUUCUGAGAGGUAGUUAAACAAUCAAAGUGCAGUUUUUUAAUGACAAUAACACAUUCAUUGAGUGUGUAUGCGGCAUUACUUCUAACUUACGAAUUAGAGCAAGUAUAAUAAGGUACAGUCAGCAGGCUAUAAGGACUAAACAAUUAUAUUUGUGCUGAGUUGGAUGAGAGAGAAGAGGAGAGAAGGAAAGCGGGCUGUAGAUUAACAGCCGGCUGCAACAUGGACUCCAAGAAACAUUGCGAGAGUGUACGGUGGGCCAUGCAUUAAUAAAGUAGUACUCCCUUCGUCCCAAAAUUCUUGUCUUAUAUUUGUCUAAAUACGGAUGUAUGAAGACACGCUUUAGUGUUAGAUACAUCCGUAACUUAACAAAUCUAAGACAAGAAUUUUAGGACAGAGGUAAUACUACUUAGCAUGUCAAGAAUUUGAACUAAAACCACGACGAGUAAAUCGGAACGGAGGGAGUAGCUACUAUACAUGCUGGCUAUUAGGUUGACUAUAUGUAACAUGUCAACUUCAUAUAGCCGGUUGUUGGCAAUACUAUUAACCAUGCUCUUACUGGGCGAAAAAGGCUUUCGAGGCGCUCAAUUCAAUUGGUGUCAUCAGCUUGAAAGCCGCGUGAAUUUUUGUUGGUUGCUAAGUCAUCAUUUCCUGGACAUGUAUCCAAUGAUCUGUUCACAGUAAUUUAAUAUGCGUACUGAUGCUUGUUAUUCCCAUGAAGACGCAACUCUGGUUGAAAUUCGUUUGCCUCUUAUUGGAUAAUGGAAUGGUCUCACAAUCAAGUUAUAAUCUCGAAGCCAGUUACAGACUUCUGCUGCACGACUUUUCUGCUGGCACGUGCGAUGGUUGACUUGAGUGUAUUAGUGAAAUGUUCUAGGAGACAAGGAGUGCUGAGAUCAGAUGGUUUUCUCCCUAUUAUGAAGUACUUUUGUCCAUUUCCAUAUGGAUGACUAGACCCUUGUCUAAAACAGGGAACUGUCUUUGUUCAUACAAAGAGCACUUAUGUUACUAAAGCCUUCUCUUACUAUAGAGUUUGAUUUAUGUACAUAUUUGACUUGGGAGAAAAUCCCUAGGUGUAGCGUGAAGAUAUUAUGGAGGGCUGGCGUGGGAGAAUAUACCAGAAUUGGCAAGAUAACCGAGAUAUUGUUGAGUCAUCACUGAAAAUAGUUACGCCAAGGGGAAGAAGGAAGAUGCUAGCCUAAGUGAGUUUUGGACCUGCUGAAUGAGAUUGAUGUACACAUGUGAACCAUGUGUCUUCCGUCAUGCUGACACUGAACAGAUCCUGACAACAGAAUUGCCGCAUCCACAGGUGGAACUGUGGAAGAUACAGCAGCAUGGCAUCUGAAGAAAUCAGGGAUUUUCACGGUGAAGAGAAUCCUUAUGAUCCGGUGCUGCAACUGCAAAGCAAGAUGGGGUAGUUCUCACAGGAGAAUAGGGCAAUAGCAAAGUAUGGUGCAACACUUGAAGGCCAGACAAAGUAUAUCAUCAUUUGGCGCAGUCCAUUAUGGGGUGCCUACCCAAGUUGAACAGGUGGUGGCGAAAGGCAAGUGACCGCUGUGCUGUUAUUGCGUACGGCCGUGCGCCAGUGCACCAGUAAUUUGGUGCAUGAGUAGUGAGGCGUCUACAUACAAGUCCACUGCAGUUUUUGCGAAGCUGAUACUGGACGACACUGUUUAUGGUCCGGCACGGAGGAGGCCAGUUGAACGGCAAAGGGCACAUGAGAUGGCGAGAAACAAGAAAGCUCUGACAAAGGUUCGUGGCCCGCGGGAGCUGGCGUGGCGAACCAUGACGAGCAAGGCCGUGCGAUUUCCGGCUAUCUGCGUGGUGGGUGAUUUGGCACACCUCACAAAAAGAAAAAAAAAACGGAUUUCUCAUCUUGUAAAGAGACGCGGCAGGGUUGUGUUUGUGUGAGCACUGAGGCCACCGUCACUGAGGGUGAGAAGGAGAAUAAGUGACAACACGAAUGAGACGCCCUGUGUUGAAAUAAGAGAUGUGAACUUAUUGGGGCCUCGAGUAAUGAUUAUUGAGUUAAGAAAGUGUAGUAUUUGUUUUUC